AUGAGGAUGGUUCAUCAUCCUUCAGCAUCCGUCUUCUCUCGGUCACAUCAGCACCCGGUGAACCCAUCGCCUGCCGGCUCUGGGCAGACCCUUUCGAUAAGGCGACGACAAGAACAGGUUACUAUGCUCUGUCUUAUGUUUGGGGCAAUGCAUCGAUUGCCGAAGAGAUCACGGUCAAUGGGCUGCCCUUCCAAGCGACCCAAAACCUCGUGCUUGCCCUGA